UUUAACGACAACCUGUGGCCAAAAAUUAGGACAAUAUUUUUUUUAUGUGGUGUGUGUGAAAAUAACCUGAAAAUGACAUUCAAACUACUACGAGCACUUAUAAUGGGCCCACCUGGUUCGGGAAAAGGAACAAUUUCAUCUAGAAUAAUUAAAGAUUUCCCAAUGAAACAUUUGUCAAGUGGAGAUUUAUUGAGGCAUCAAAUAUUACUGAAAACAGAAGCUGGACUUGCUGCCAAGAAGUAUAUUGACCAGGGAAGUUUAGUUCCUGACAACGUCAUGGUGAAUCUUAUUGUUGAUGAGCUACAUCAAAUUAAAACAAGCAGCUGGUUGCUUGAUGGCUUUCCCCGAACAGUGCCGCAGGCCGAGUCUCUGUAUGAGCGGGAACCAUUGGACGUUGUAUUAAACCUGAACAUACCAGAUUACAUCAUCAUUGACAGAAUCAAGGGACGCUGGACGCAUGCACCCAGUGGACGCAUCUAUCACACAGAGUUUAAUCCACCAAAAGUGCCAGGUAAAGAUGAUGUAACAGGUGAACCACUGAUACAGAGAGAUGAUGACAAGGAAGAAACUGUGAGAAAACGUCUAGAGGGCUAUCAGGAAAUGACACAACCUGUACUACAGUUUUAUAGGGACCAUGGUAUUCUGGAAGAAUUUAAAGGAAAGUAUUCUAAUGAAAUAUGGCCACAUGUACACAAGUUCAUGUCAACAAAAAUUACACCAUUACAGUAUACAGAGUAUAGCUAGAAUUUUCAGAUAUUUUAUUUAUAUACAUAUUCUUUUGUAAAUUGAUUUUUAUGCAAGACCAGAAUGAUUUAAUUGCUAGGAUACCCAUUAUUUUCUACCAUGAUUUUUACGUAUAUAUGAGCCGUGCCAUGAGAAAACCAACAUAGUGGCUUUGUGACCAGCAUGGAU